UGUACAUAAUCACCUGGAAUUUAAUUUUUUAUUUGUAAACGUAUAUAUACACACAAAUAAUUCGCAGGUAUUUUGAGAAGUCAUUGAUAUAACCAUGACCAGUAUUUCUUAUACGAUGGAGACAUUCACAAUUUGGACCGAUUAUGAAACUUAUAGCGUCAACAACUCCGUGACCGAAGGAGCAUCAGUAGAAAUCGGUGGCGAAGCGGGGUCUCGACCCAUUAGCAUUUCCAGUCUUGUCUGUAGUGGUGUCUUUACUGCUCUGAUCAUCAUCACCAAUACCAUCAGCCUUCUGGCCUUUGUUGUCGAAAAGCGACUCCGCACCUAUAACAACUACUUCAUCAUCAACCUCAGCAUACUUGAUCUUCUUGUCGGAGUGUCCUUGUCCGCACGGGUAGCGCAUGCUUAUUACAAUCGUUACCCAUUUCCCCAAGACGUCUGUAAGAUCUUAACCGGCAUCACGGGAGGGAUUGUCAACGGAUCCAACAUCAGCGUGGUCGUCAUCUGCGCUGACCGACAUCGAGCCGUCUACGACCCCAUCAACCAUUUCAUAUCUCGAACCAAACGUAAGGCCAUUCUUAUCAACUGCCUACCUUGGGUUAUAGGACUCUCAUUCUGGUUGUGUUACACCACCGUCUGGGAGUUCGUGGUCGACCACGACAACGGUACGCAAUGUGCGCCGCUCUUCUCCGAGAGUCCGAUCAUGUACAUGAUCCAGAACGUCUGCAAGUUUCAUCUGCCCUUCGUCAUCAUCGCCGUUCUCUACGCCCGCAUCAUUCUUCAGAUACGAAAGACGGCCGGUGGAAGGAGCGUGAAUAAGAAGUUCGAAUCGGAGGCAUCGUCGUCGUCGUUAGAGAAGACGAAAUCAAGCAUUGUCAAAGAAGUGCCGUCAUCAAAAAUUGAUCAGCAUGAUGGGGGCGUGGAUGAACCCGAGACUGAAGUGAAGAAUGAUGUCACCGUUUCUCAUCCAGACAACAGAAUCACUUCAUCUAAUCAGAAAUCCAGCGCACAGCGGAUGGAAUCGCCCUCCGAGUCGCGCAAAGCAACACGGACCCUCUCCCUCAUCAUCGUCGCUUUCGUAUUGACCUGGAUCCCUUUCAGCUUGAUCAGUUUACUCAAGACCAUCGAUGCUCGUCUCAUCAGUCCUGGUAUGCCCAUACAACUCUACGUCUUCUUUGCGUUUUUGACGUAUGGAAACAACCUCUUGAAUCCCAUAUCAUACGUGAGGAAUAAAGGCAGCAAUUCUCAUCAAAAGAACACCCUAGAAUAUGCUGACCAGAUCUACCUUGAUUCAGAGGUUCCCAAUGGAUGGCACAUCUACUUCUCUGAUCUUGCACACGACCCGUCCACUCUUCAAGCCAAUGCAGCCGAAGGGUAUACUGACACGAUUGACACUCCUGCUCAGCAUGUAACUGAAGAAACUACAGCCCCUUCUACACACUCAGUCUGGCAACUCAGCUCAUUGGACCUCAAAGAUGCCAUCACUAGGCUGAAAUCUGGAAAAGCGCUAGCGGCCCAGACAACAUCAGUUCUGAGCAUCUGA